GGUUGGUUCUCUUUUCGGUCCGGGACGACGUCGACGUCCAAUGACACCGAGAGGGUAGAAGAGACACGAUCGCGUCUGUUCUUCCUUUUAGUAAUCUCUCCGCAGGUGCGUCAUGCGGAUCCGGCGCGGUUUCGCGGAUAUGUUUAAGUGAACACAGAUUGAAUGUUGCGCGGGAAUAUAGCACGUGCGGUGUCGUGACACGAUGAGGUGAUAAACCGUGUUGUGCAGCGCGGUAUCUCGGAGCGACUUUGGAAGGUGACGAUGUGGGCGAUUUUACUGCUGUUGGCCUCCAUGUGGUCUUCGUCAUGGGGUCAGGUGAUAAACAGGGCGCCCCACUUCGUUCAAGGUGGAGAUAUGGCCAGGUUGGCUGUGUCAGAGGGUACACUACCUGGUGCUCCCGUUUAUACUCUUCGAGGGGAAGAUCCUGAAGAAUCCAGAUUGCAUUAUUCUAUCAGCGGCGAAUACUUUACCGUGAACAGGGACACCGGUGUAGUGAUCCUGAGGAAAGCCUUAGAUAGAGAAACACAAGAUCUCAUUGAAGUCAUUAUUAGUAUAACAGAUGAAGGUAUUGCCGGGUCGGAACCUAACACGGUAUCCCUUCGUCGUGAAAUAGCCGUGCUCGACGAAAAUGAUAAUUCACCAGUUUACCACGGCCGACCAUACGCCGCCAGAGUGCCGGAAAGUGCGCAAGUGGGUGGCUUAUUACUUCCUCCAGGCACGAUCACGAUUACUGAUCGUGAUGGUGGUGUGAACGCCGAUAUUCACGUGCAAUGUGUCUCGGCGUCACGCGACGAUGACGUCUGCGAGGUCUUCGACGUCUCUACAGAGAAGCUUACUGAAGGAAAAUACGACGUGCAGAUUACGUUAGCGAAACCGUUAGAUUACGAGAGGAGAAAUUCAUAUUUGAUUAAUCUGCUGGCUAUUGAUGGAGCUAGCGAUCCUUUGAAAAGGUUGCAGGCUAGAGCGACCGUUGCCGUUGACGUUCUCGACGUUCAGGAUCAGCCACCUGUUUUCCUGAAUGCGCCUUACAGUGCAGCGCUUCCGGAGAACACCGCAGCUAGUCACACGGUUCUGAUAGUGCGAGCACGUGACGGUGAUACCGGUGAAUCGAGAAACCUAUUAUUAACGUUAGACGAUGACGAUGCCGGCCAUUUUGAUCUUGAGAUGUCUCGCGAUGGUGAUGUUACGAUUGGUAAGCUGGUCACGACCAACGUAUCCCUCGAUCGCGAAGAUCCCAGGAUUCUGCAGAACGGUGGCAUUUACACCUUCCAAGUUCGAGCCACCGAGUUGAUUAACAACGAAAUACCAGCUGAUACCGCGACGUCGGUCGUCACGAUCGUCGUCACGGACGUGGAUGAUCUCGUGCCUGCUUUCAAUGAGGAUUACUUCAGCAUCAGGAUCUCCGAGGACAUCGGAAAGGACACUCCUCUACCAGGUCUGAACAUGAUUGUAAGCGAUGGCGACGUGGGCGACAAUGCGAAAUAUUUCCUGGCGUUGCGGGAUGUGCCGCGAUAUCCUGGAAUCAGUAAAGCAUUCACUGUUAGUCCUGAGGAAGCUCAGGGUCGAGUACCGGUGGUGAUCAAGGCUAAAGAUGUCAAUGUUCUUGAUUAUGAUGUUGACGAUCCCGCAAAAAGAGAAAUUGAAUUCGACGUCAUCGCGACCGUAGCGAGCGAAGUAGUAGCCACUUGCAGAGUACACAUCCAGUUGAUGGAUGCCAACGAUCACAGUCCCGAAUUCUCCCGAUCGGUGUACAAAUUAUCGAUCUCGGAGGAUGCGGAGCCUGGCACUCGCUUUGGCGAUGUUUACGCGAAGGAUUACGACAGCGGUUCCUUUGGCAAAUUAACGUAUACUCUACGGGGUUUCGGCGCAGACAAGUUUAAGACCGAUCCGCAGAAGGGCGGAGUAUUCGUGGCGAAGAAACUAGACUACGAAGCGCAGAAAUCUUAUUCCUUAACGAUGGAGGCGAUGGAUGGCGGCGGUCGAGUUUCCGCCGUUAAUAUUCUGAUUGAACUCGACGAUGUUAACGAUAAUAAACCGAUGUUCGAGCAGACGGAGUAUUCUAGAACUAUCCGCGAAGAUGCUACCAGCUUCGAUCCGCAGAUGUUCGUCAGAGCAACCGAUCUCGACGGACCGGCACAGGGCAAUGGAAAAGUUGUAUAUUCAAUUAGUCGACACAAUAGUAUGACAGACGAUUGUUUUCAGAUCAAUUCGGAUUCUGGUGAAGUAACCAUGUCGAAACCGGUUCGGUCCGGAGACACCGAAAGGGGUACUUACGAGCUAAUAAUUCGUGCGACUGAUACCGGCACACCUCCCUUAUACUCCGAAGCGAAACUUUUCGUACGCGUUGGCGUACCUGGAAACCAGAAACCUAUAUUCCGAGGAAACUACAAGUCAAACUUACCUGGUCCAAGUACUUAUCGAGCGAGACUCUUGGAGAACGCAUCUCCCGGAACAGAAGUGAUUCGGGUGGUCGCCAAUGAUCCCGACGGAAGAGACAACUUAUUGCAGUAUUACAUUGCAUCUGGUUCUAAGGAUAAUUUUGUUAUCGAUUCCAGUUCUGGCAUUAUAACUGUGUCACCUGAUGCUCGCUUGGAUCUGGAAGCUGGUGGUGAAAAAUACGAGGUCAUCGUAUACGCCGUUGAUUCUGGCACACCUGUUAAGGAAACUGCCACUACCACCGUCACGGUGAAUAUUAUAGAUGUGAAUAAUAAACCGCCGACAUUUAAUGAAUCAACGUAUCUGGUUUAUGUCUCAGAACGAGCAGCUAUUGGUGAACCUGUAUUAAAGGCGGUGGCGAUAGAUCCUGAUGCAGAUGCGUAUUUAGAAUACUCUUUAGUAGAACCAAUAAGGGCUGUCGACAAAACCGGUGUGGCUUUAAAAAGUACAGCCACUUACGAUUAUAAAUCGGCGUUUCGAAUAAAUUCCACGACCGGUUUAAUAACCGUUAAUCGAGUGCUAGAUUAUCAAGUGGCCGCUGUCAUAAUAUUAACGGUACAAGCAAAAGAUUUAAACGCCAUCGUUGACAGAGACAAACAGACGGCGAGAGUAGAGGUGACAAUCUAUAUCCAGGCUUACAGCGAUGACAAUCCAAUGUUCACCAAUUCUGGGUGGUCACCAAAUAAUCCGACGAUAAGACUCACGGUUCCAGAAGAGCAACCCUUGGGUACGACAUUAUUAAUGUUAUCGGCGAAAGAACCGACGACGGGACAUGCGGUUCAGAGGUUCGAAUUAGUCAGAGAAGACGAUGAUGAAGGCUAUGUUAAUGUGGGUGUUCAGAGUGGCAACGUCGUGCUAAGUAAGAGAUUGGAUUACGAAGUGCUUAAUCAGAAGUUCAUUCGGUUCAAAGUACGAGCGCUUGCGAGAGACUACGAUAUAACGCGAAAGAUGUCGGAAGCCAAUGUAAUUGUCGAGAUUCAGGAUAUUAAUGACAAUAGUCCAGAGUUUAAUCAAAAGGAUUAUAAGAUUUCUGUAUUAGAGUCAGCUAAUUCCUCGAAUGCCAUAUUAAACGUGAAGGCAGUGGAUAUGGAUAGCUCUAAAACAGAACAGGAAGUCCAAAGAGGAUAUGGCGAAGUAAGAUAUUCCUUGGCAGGCGAAAACGCCAAUCUUUUUGAAGUCGAUCCUAUCAUGGGCAGCAUUCAGAUCGCCACAAACACAACUCUGGAUAGAGAAAGACAAUCGGUAUUGCGCUUUUACGUCGUGGCAUCGGAUAUGCCCCAAGGUGGAGCCGAGCAACGGAGCAGUCGAGCUUUGGUGACGAUCGACGUUCUCGAUGUUAAUGAUAACACUCCUAGUUUUGAACAAGAGUCUUACACCGCGGUGAUUCCGGAGAACGCACCGGUGGGAAUUAGCGUGGUGAACAUCACAGCUACUGAUCCGGACGAAGGCGAAGGCGGAGUGAUACACUUCGAAAUCAUCGAUGAAGGUGAAGCUAAUGGAUUAUUUAAAAUAAAUCACACGACGGGCGAGAUUUAUUCGGCGCGAGCGUUGACUGGAAAAGGCAGAACCGAACCGUACAACAUGCGAGUGCGAGCGCAGGACAACGGCGAACCGUCUUUAUAUUCAGACGUCAAUCUUAUCCUGUACAUUGGUGACGUAGUGAGCAACGACGGCGUGCCAUUGUUUAUCAGGCCGACAUUAGAGGAAAUAGCCUACAUCGCGGAGAACUCCACCGUCGGCAGUCCGGUGUUCCAGGUGGUAGCGUCCGAUCCCGAUGAUCCAAACUUGCCAAAUGGUAGAAUCACUUUCCGUUUCCUAGAGGAUGGUAAUUUUGGCAAAGAUGCGAGUGCUUUUAGGAUUAACAGCGACACCGGGUUAAUUAGCACACGCAAAUUACUUGAUCGAGAAACCAAGGACAGUUAUACAUUGAUACUGGUAGCACAGGAUCUCGGCGAGCCGCCACAGCAGGCGACCAGGGUGCUUCAGGUGAUCGUGAACGAUAUCGACGAUCACAAACCACAUUUCAAACGUAGUUUAGAUAGUCCGCCGAUUGAAUUAAAUGUCCUAGAAGAAGUCCCGGUAGGAUCUAAAGUCGGCGUGAUUGAAGCGAUUGACGAGGAUAUUGGUGAAAACGGAAUGAUUGGUUACGAGAUCGUGUACGGGAACGAGGCAGGACUGUUCGUGGUACAACGUCUAGAAAAUAAUUCCGCGGUUAUCAAAUCAAACGGUCGGCUCGACCGAGAAACCGCUGAAUCUCAUUUACUGACCAUAAAGUGCUUCAAAUAUUCUUCUAAAAAGUCGGACAUAGUGCCGAAACCGUACAACAGACAGGAUCCUUCAGAGAGACAGGUGCUCGUUAAGGUCUUGGAUAUCGACGACAAUAAACCGCGCUUCAAGAAGAACAAUGUAACCCUGGGGGUUCGCUUGAAUGUGCCAAUCGAUACCAGCUUGAUCACGUUGGAAGCUUAUGACGCCGAUUCCAGCGCGUUGCCCAUCAAUUACAACAUGAGUAAAGUAUCCUUCACGUCUCUGGUUGAUCCCUCCAUGUCGCAGAAGGAGAUUCCAUCGCAACUGUCCUUGAAUGCGCGCACUGGCGAGCUCAGAACGACGGGCUCCAUGACGGGAUAUGCGGACGGUUUUAUGGAAAUGAUCGUGUCGGCGAACAAUUCAGUGACGCCGGGGAGUGAGACUAAUAUCACCUUAAGAAUCUUCUUGUUGCGUGAUCGUGACAUGUUGAAGUUCGUGUUUUCGAAGCCGCCAGUCGAGGUCAGGAAGACGCUGGAAGAGUUUGAAAAAGCGGUCCAGCAAGCUCUUUCGUUGCCGAUCAGCGUUAACGUCUAUGACACUCAAUUCUAUUCGAAAGAGGACAAUUCCCUGGAUUUUUCAUCGACCAGUUCGUGUUUCCAAAUGGUUGGCAAAGAGUCCUACGAUUUAGACGAAAUGCGAUUAUUAUUAACUGAUCCAAGGAAUAAAGAGUUGAAGAAGGUGUACAAGACAUACCACGUGGAGAAAGUGCAACAUUGUGCUGCCGUUGUAGCUCGCGCCGAUGCCUCCAUGACACAAAUAUGGGUUCUUGCCAUCGCGGUCCUCGUUGGGAUCGCUACCAUAAUUUCUAGUUGUGCAUUAUGUUGUAUGCACGCCAGGUAUAAACGGCAAGUAAAGCACGCGCGUUUGCGUGAUCAACCACGACCACCUCUCAGUUAUGUGUCCUCCGGGCCAGCCAUGGUCAGUUCCGGAUCUCAUACAACUUUAGGUCCUGGUACGAUGGUCACUCUGGGUCCACACGAGGGCCCAUAUGAAUGGGGCGCCGACACGACGCUUUAUCAUCCAAGUACAUUGGGUUCGAGAACGUAGAUAUCCAAGAAAAUUCAUUACAAAAAUAUCUUUAAAUUACAUUGACUUUUUUUUAGUUAGUGGAGUUUAAUUGACAGUAAAUUGUUUCAUUAUUAAACAGGAGCAAAUUCUAUCAUGACAUAUGUAAUAUUUAUUCUGAAAUUAUAAAAAAACAAUUUUAAUAAAAGUUUAAUAAAAUGAGAUACUUUUGUGUAUAAUUCUAGCAAGUUUUGAAAACAAACAACAUAGUGUCUGAUAAAAAAUUAACAAUAGUAAUUUAUGAACUUGUCAUAAAGAAGAGUUGAAA